GCCACCAAAUAGGUCCUUUAACCUUCAAGCGUUGAUUGGCCGCCGGAAUGUGGCCGGAAUAGAUUACACAAUUUUUUUUACCGGUGGAAAACUGUACAUACGUUUCAAGAUUGUUCUGUUACUGCGGCGUUGGACUUGAACACAUAUUUUUGGCAGAAUAAUUAUCAUCGAGCAGUUUCAUUGUUCCUCGAAUGAAUUUUGAAGAAUUAUCAAAAGAUGUCUAUGCUCAAAGCAAUUGAUUACAUGAAUCGUGAACAUACAUUAUUGAAGAAAAACCAAAAUCUGUAUUGCGUCGUUUGUGCAACGGUGCAGGUGGAAGGAACAUGGGAAAGCCAUGUGACUAGCCAUUUUCAUCAAGAAGCGCUAAAAAGAUUUGAUUUUCUGUUUGAUAUAAGGGAAGAAGAAUGGCACUGUAAGCUGUGUAGAUGCAAAGUGUCCUGGGAUGAUUUGAAGCAACAUGAGAAAAUGCAUUAUUUGGUACCGUGGGACAAAGAAGAAGGAAAUUAUAACAAGUACGAAAUAUUUUUUGAAAACAAAAUAUUACAGUGUAACAAUCUAUUCAGCUGCUGCUUGUGUCAAUCAACUUUCACGGAAUGGGCUUUGGCAUUAGUACACAUUACUGAUGCAAAACACCAGAGUCUGAUGCAAAAGAGUGCAACAAAUUUUGAUCACACACUUAUUAGAUCAGGAAAUGGCCCCAGUUUUGAAAUGUUGGUAAAAGAAGGAAUAUUUGCUUGUGAUGAAUCAAGAUUCGGAUGCGAAAUCUGUAAAUCCCAAAGCAUUUCUUUUCUCGGUACUCUUCGACACGUCAAGGGCCUCAUUCAUGUUUGCAAAAAAUCAAAAUUUGUUUUGAAAGAGCCUGAUAACGAUACCGGUCAAGAUAUUACACGUCUCUAUGUACCAAUUCGAGAAGAAAAAGAUCAAAUUCAAAUUGCAGCUUCGAAUAAUCUUCACCGAGUCAAUAAUACUGAUAUUGUUCACAAUGUGUGUCCCAUAAAUUGCGUUGAUCAAUAUUCUAGGAAUAUUCCCCAACGAUCUUGUGAGGGCAACGUAGAAGAUAGUAAAAUAGAGGAUCGCUCUCAGAGUAACCAGUCGAUGUAUGAAAAUGGCAACGAACAUCAUAACCGAGCCAGUGACAGCUUCAAUUCGUCCCAGCGAAAAAAUAAGGAGAUUCGUGAGAGUUCGGUGGAUUUUAAUAAUGAUUGCUUAAAAAACGAGCAAUUUGUAUCGCAAAGUUCAGAUUGUGCUCCGGUCAAGGUACAAAAAAAUCCCGAGGUUCCCCGGAAUAUACGCUACUGCGAAAACAUCGUGAUACUAGGAAAGAAUAGCUAUUACUGCGAACUUUGCUGUCUCGAAAUGACGAAGCUCGAGGAUGUGGAUCUUCACUUGAGAACGCAAAGUCAUUUAAAUUCGUUGACCAACUCGAAGAAACCAGUGACAGUGAAGCAAGAGGAUCAAACGUUGAACGCCGAUUCGAAUGAUUCCGAGAAUGAUUAUAUCACUGAAAUCGACGAGACGAAAGUGCUCUGCGUCGUUUGCGACGUCUUUCUUCCGUCCACAUCGUUGAACGUGCGCGAACAUAACCAAGGAAAAAUGCAUUCUCGUUCGUUGAAAAAAUAUGGAUGUGAAAAUAUAUCACGAAGCGAUGACGAUAUUUUUUAUUGCCGGUCGUGCUUUUGCACCCUUUCCGGGCGUAAAAAUAUGCAUCUGCACAUUAAAGGAGAGAUACAUCGGAGCGCAUUCCCGGUUGCCCCGAAGGAGAGGUUCUCGCCAGAAAUGGAUCCAAAAUUGGAAGAGCAGAGCUAUUUGAGCAGACCAAAUUUAGUCUGUUUGAAGCCGGAAACCUCAUCAAAUGUCUCAAGCCCUUUGCGCAGACCAAAUUCUAUAAAACCCCGAGAAGUAACAUCGUCAGUAGAAAAACUCCAGAGACCUUUGUGCGAGCUCAGCUUUGUUAAACCGAGCGAAUCAACUCCAGCAAAGAAGCUUUCAAUACCUACGCGCAAACCAAAUACGAUUCAUUCGCACGAAGCGAUCGUAGAAAAUGAAAAGGCAUAUAGCAGCAGCUCUCUACGUAAACCGAAUCUUCCUGACUUGAAAGCCAAAGUCGUUGGAAAACAGAUUUUCUACGAUAGUGAAUCGGAAACUGUUGAUUUAAAAAAAGAAACAGCAGAGUGCCCGGAGCACCAUUCGGAACUGGCCGAAACGUACACGGCUAGCCUUCUCUCUGUAAACAAUUCCGUAAACAAUAAUACGAUCGUGGAAGAUCCCGCCGAUACAUUUCAAAAGUCCCUCGACUUCAUCACCGUUCUCAACGAGGCAGCAGUUUUUUGCGAAAUUUGUCAUUGCAGCGUGAGUCGCUCUCCGCGAAAUAUUAGCGCUCACGUAAUAGGAAAACAGCACAACGUUUCCAUGCGCGCCUACGGAUGCAACGACAUCGAAAAAAUGCAGAAUUCAACUUAUUUUUGCAAGCACUGCAACUCCACGAUCCUUCAUCUCGAUGAGAUUUAUCAACACGUAAACAGUCCGUUGCAUUUGCACCUCGUUAAUACCGGGAGAAAAAUGAAAAAUGAAUCUCCGAAGCUGGAUGUGAAGAAGCAGAAUGUCCAACAUAAUGGAAACUCAAUUUCGGUGGCUGCCAUUGCUCAACGAAUGACCAAGCUGGCUGAUCAGGCCAAUGGCAAUUGCGGGGACAGUAUUGAGGAAAAUGAUUCGAUUGCUCUUCUCGCAAACGAUAUUAUUCAUGGUGGAGGCCACAAUUAUUUCUGCAACCGCUGCUACUGCAACGUAUCCGGUAUAUUCAAUAUUCGUAAACACAUCGCAGGGAAGAAGCAUCAGAAAAAGUAGUCUCACGAAAAGAGCUCUAUUGAGAGGCUAGUCUAAAAAAAUGUGCCCAGUGUCUCGUAGCCGAGGUCAGUUGAAAACGAUUCGAUCGACGAAAAACAUGGACAAACGACGAUUGUUCGAAAGCGGUAAAUUUACGGAUUUAAUUUAAAAAAUGUAUGAUAUUCUUGUCGCGAGCAAAAGUACAUGUAACUAAUUUGUUUCGCGGUGCAGUGAACUUUACAACACGUUUAUUUUUUAUUUUUAUUAAUCACGGUCUUUAAAAUUUUUUUUUUGUUUUCCGUUAACCGUUUCGGGAGCGAAUAUGAAAGAAAACGUUCUUCAUAAAGGAAUAAUCUUAUCAAUUUCUCGUUGUUGAAAUACUUAAAUUUUAUUUCGAUUUUUAAAUGGGGGACGUUGUUUUUUUCAAAAAUAAUACUCUUGUUACUGGUAUUAAAAUAUUCGAAUUGUUUUUCCAUCAUUUUCGAACAUUUUCGAUUCGCAUCGAGGGUCACACAACGGAAAAAUGGACCAAACACAGAAGGAUCGAUAUAUUCUUCAAAUUCUUUAGGUUUUAAUAAUAAGUAUUUUUUUAAUGUUCGAUUCGUGCGAUGAGACUCGAAAGAAUAAAAAUUUUCCAUUUGUUA